AUGGCUUCCAAAAUCAAUAAUUCUACAGUGAUAACUACAGAUGCAUUCAUGCUGCUGGAAGAACCUUCUGGCAUGGACUCGGCUACUGUAGAUGAGGCAGAGUUUAUGGCGAUCAAGCAGACGAUGAAAGAGUUGGACGAUGAGAUGAAAAAGUUAAAGAAAAUUGAGAAGCAGUUCAACAUAAGUGCAACAUUAACGGCGAGUCCUCUCAAAAAAUCUUGGGAUGCUAAAAUUAUGGCAGACAUUAAAAGUGUCUACGUGGGCAACGUGGACUACGGGACGACGCCUGCCGUUCUGCAGGCGCAUUUUCACGGCUGCGGCGUCGUCAAGAGGAUUACCAUACCUGUUAGUAAGUUUGACGGCACUCCUAAGGGGUUCGCCUACAUCGAAUUCUCUGAGCCUUCAUCAGUGGAUUUGGCCAUGUCUUUGGACCAAUCUCUUUUGCGCGGAAGACAUAUCAAGGUUGUCCCGAAGAGGACAAACAAACCUGGAUUCUCCACCACCAACCGUCCGCCCAGAAGUGAUGCAUUCGGCUACCACAGCAGAGGUGCAUACAGACCCAUCAGAGAUUUUACCGGAAGGUUCUCUCUUCGUCGUGGAUACGGCGGUCAAAGAGGAGGAUUUAGCCGCUUCACUCCGUAUUAA